AUGACCGAUGAGGCCAUAUCUGAACUGAGACAAGAGACACGCGACAUCUUCUACCAUGGUUACGACAACUACAUGAAGCAUGCCUUUCCAGAAGACGAACUACGACCACUUACAUGCGCACCCCUCACUCGCGAUCGCCAGAAUCCCGCCCACAUAGAAGUCAACGACGUUCUCGGAAACUACUCUUUGACAUUGAUAGACAGUCUGUCAACACUCGCUAUACUUGCUUCCACGCCUCCGAACGAUGCGGCUGGAUCGAACACCGCCUUGGAGGACUUCCAAGAGGGUGUCAAACUGCUGGUAGAAAAUUAUGGAGACGGCACUCCGGGACCUCGUGGUCGAGGAGCAAGGGCGAGAGGCUUUGAUUUGGAUAGCAAAGUGCAGGUCUUUGAGACGGUCAUUCGCGGAGUUGGCGGACUGCUCAGCUCACAUCAGUUUGCGGUUGGAGACCUACCUAUUAGAGGUUAUCAUGCAACAACAGAGAAGAGGGGAGGACGCGAAGGGAUAUUCUGGUCCAAUGGAUUUGUCUAUGAUGGACAAUUACUGCGGCUUGCGACAGAUCUCACCGAUCGAUUGCUACCAGCCUUCAACACACCAACUGGCCUACCAUACCCCCGAGUCAAUCUGCGAUACGGAGUACCUUUCUAUGCAAAAUCACCAAAUAAUAUGGAUGCCGAGCAUGGCCAGUGCGGCAGGGAUCCAAACGACAAAGGAACCGAAGUUACCGAGACAUGCAGCGCUGGUGCCGGAAGUUUGGUUCUUGAGUUCUCCGUCCUUAGCCGACUGACUGGCGAUCCCAAGUACGAGAGAUUAGCCAAGGAUGCUUUCUGGGCUGUGUGGCAUCGCAGAAGCAGCAUUGGGCUCAUUGGUGCUGGUAUUGACGCUGAGACAGGGCAAUGGGUGAAUGCCUACACAGGCAUUGGAGCGGGCAUCGACAGUUUCUUCGAAUAUGCUCUCAAGUCGCAUAUUCUUCUUUCUGGACUACCCUUCGAUCAGGAAAACGCGGCUACUGAUUCUCCAGACGCAUUCCUAGCUACCUGGCUCGACGCUCACGAUGGGAUCAAAAGACAAAUCUAUCGUGGAGCGCAACACCAGCAUCCCCACUAUGCUCAAGUCGAUCUGUACACGGGUGCCAUCAGGGCCUGGUGGAUAGACAGCCUGAGCGCGUUCUACCAAGGGCUCCUAACUAUGGCCGGCAAGCUUGACGAAGCUAUUGAGACGCACUUGCUUUACACUGCUCUUUGGACCCGUUAUUCUGCGAUGCCCGAAAGAUGGUCGACCGCAACUGGCAAUAUCGAGCAUGGCCUUCGCUGGUGGGGUGGACGACCAGAGUGGAUCGAAUCAACCUGGUACCUCUAUCAGGCCACCAAAGACCCCUGGUAUCUCCAUGUAGGAGAAAUGGCGCUGCGCGACAUCAAAAGACGUUGCUGGACCAAGUGUGGGUGGGCGGGUCUGCAGGACGUGCGUACCGGGGAGCUGAACGAUCGCAUGGAAAGUUUCUUCCUUGGUGAGACCGCAAAAUACCUCUUUCUACUCUUCGAUCCGUCGCAUCCUCUCAAUACCUGGGACGCUCCAUUCGUAUUCACUACCGAAGGCCAUCCAUUGAUUGUACCAAAGUGGUUACGUCCCAUCCAAAAGACGCGACCAGAAUCUCCUCAAGUCUUCGAAGUGCCUGAGAUGUGCCCUCUUCCGCCAGCUCACCUGCCUUUCAGUAUUUCUGCAACAGCCGCUCGCACCGAUGUCUACCACGCUGCAAGCCUUGCCAAAUUACACCUCAUGCCAACUAUCGAGACGCUUGAAUCACCACUUGUGGAGUUCAGUGCUGAUCAUCCUAGCGUCUCUUUGUCGGAUGUACGUUCGCCCUCGAACUACACUUACUAUCCCUGGACUUUACCCCCUGAGCUCAUUCCGCAUAAUGCAAUGAGUUCACCGUUGGCUGUUAGGACUACCUUCGAUCUUUCGUUCCCCAACAUGCCAAGUACGUCACUGGUCGGUGCGCUCCAAAGGGUACAAGAAGGUAUCCUGGUCAAUUCCAUGAGUGGACUGAGACUUGGCAUGGUUCGUGAACAAGACAAACCGCGUGCGGUAGAACAAAAGUUAGAUCUGGAUGAGCAAUUCCGCAUCUACGCCAUCUCUAAUAUAGCACUGGGCCGCGACGAGAAAGUGUUCAUGUCUCGUUCAACUAUCGACAACUUCAAUCCGCUUGAUCCGUAUUUUACGAGAACACGGGACUCACAUACGUUAGACCUGGUCGUCGAUGUACCGCCGCAGCCAGCAUCCGCAUCCUCCAACACGCUGUCAGACCUCCUUAGCGAUGCGCUGGGUGAUAUGAGCAACUUAUCCGACCUGGACAUUGCGGACGUAAUUGACUUGGAGGUAGACCCCGAGGCGCUUGAAAACGAACCCUCAUAUCUCUCCAAUUUCCUUUCGUCGCUUCAAGCUCUGCUCUCUGCCCCAUUACCCACGUCCACAUCAUCAGCCUCUAAAUCACAGGACCUAGAUCAGCAAACCGCGAAACGCCAAUUCUUCCCUGCUGCGCUUCCCACUGGGCCUGGCGCUGCGCCAAUGCCAGAUACCAAAGAUCCAGACACGUCAUACAGCCUUGAUAACCCCCUCAUCUGGUCGAAUAUCUACGUACAUCCCACCACCCUCUGCGCUGAGCGUCUGCCCCUCGAGGUAGCAAAACAGCACCAGAUCAUAGCAAUCCCCAGGGGCGACUGCUCAUUCUCUACCAAGUUGCACAACAUUCCCGCUUACCCACCUGACCCCGCCUCUCUCCAACUGGUCAUUAUCGUCAGCUUCCCGGAACACGAGGAGAACAGACAUGUUGAUCCAGAGCGGCCUCCUGUGCAGCCGUUACUUGACGACUUGCAGUACACGCCGACGGGCAUAUUGAGACCAAAUCCCAUUCCAAUGAUUAUGUGGAAUGAACAUAACUUACCUUCCUGGAGCCUAGAUUUCAGCAAACCUCUGGGCCAACUUCCGGCUGCUGAUGGAGAUGAUGAUGUUGUUGUAGUAAUAAGAUAUGAGUUCCUUCGCAGCGAGGGUUCAAAUGUAUUCGAUAUUCUCCGUCUCAAGGGUGAAAACCAACAAGAUCCAAUCGCUGAACAUCUUCCAAACGGCUUCGGCUUCGGUUUUGCUGAAGUCGUAGACUGUCCAGAAACCUCGGGUAUUUUGUCACGCUUUGUGAAGAAGGAUGUCUACAAAGAAGACAGGAAUGGGAGAAGCUACUACGAGUCCGAUAAAGAGGCAAACCAGCAAUAUGUUAUUUUCCGCACUCAAGGAGGACGGUUUGGAAAAUGUUUCAAUGAAGUCCAGCAAGGUGAUGAGAUAUGGACCUUAUUACGAUCAACCCUUGCAUUCGUACUUAGACCUUUGCCAGAGUCUGAACUCGAGGAGGCCUUGCUCACGAGAAACAGGUAUAGAUUGGUCGGUGCCUGUGACUUCUUGGACGAAGAUAUCAGCCCUUCGAAGCUAUCUGGCCAUGUAACUCAGUCAGCUCAGAUCGUGUAG